GGCCACUAAAACAACUGACUUUAUGACAGUAGUAGAGGUUUUCCACUGGAUGUGUGAUUUUACAAUAAUGACAUCUAUGACAAUGUCCUGUCUCUAUUACAAUCCAACUCUUUUGAAAAUGGAAGCCAAGAUUAAAGGUGGAUUUUUUGACUAUGGUACUCCUCUCACUCCUGAACAAAUCAAGAUACGGGCGAUCAUGAACAGAAACAGCCAGUUAAUGAGCAAGCUUUAUUUUUCUCUUUGUUAUUGUGGAUUAGUUGCAACCUAUGUACAUAUAUUCUUUUCUAAAAAGGAAUAUAUACUGCCAUACCCAAUGUGGUUUCCUCAUGAAAUUCGCAAUAAGUACCAAUAUGUUUUAACUUUGAUACAUGUAUUCAUGGUUGCUGAAACAAUGACUAUCUGUGCGUUCAGUCAGUUAAGUACCUUUGUCGCUUUUUCGUCACAUCUCAUCGCUCAAUAUAAAAUACUUAUCUUUGCAAUUAAAGAAAUAGACUCGAUUGCUAGAACCAAAAGUAUUCCUGAGAAGAAAAUCAUUGCAAUGCAAGCUAAACUAAAAACAUGUGUAAAGCACCAUGUUGUUAUAAACAAGUAUUUUGACGAUUUGCAUAAAUUGUUUAGCAUCCCUUUAUUAACAACAGCUAUAUUCAUAUGCUUGGCGAUUUGCACUCUUGGAUUCAUCCUUUUAUCACCUAAUGUUUCAGUGCCGGUUAUAGGAGCUUUGAUAAUACUGUUUCUUCCAGAAAUGUUUAUCAUCGUUGUUUACUGUGUAUAUGGGCAAAAAGUGGCCGAUGUAUGUGAAGAAUUUGGACGAACUAUUUACAAUUCAGAUUGGUACACGAAGCCUUUGUCUGUUCAAAGAGACCUGCUAAUGAUAUUGAUUGGGAGUAGAAAGAAAAGGCAACUCACAGGCUUUGGUCUACAUGAAUUUUCAAUGAAAGGUUUAUCGGAAAGAACAGAAGUGGGAGAGAAGAAGUUCUGUGAAUCCCCUAUUACAGCUCUCCCAGAUUUCGGAUUUGGGCUGUAG